ACCUGCUCAUCUUACACGAUGGCAUUGACUCGAGGACAUUUCACUCAAACGGAAAUCACCUCCUAACUGAAAUUUUAUUUCCUCUGCCGAAUAAACAGCUAGACAUUGGCGAAGCAUCACCUUUUACAUUCCCGGCAAUCGAUGUGACUAAAUCACGUUCUGCUAUGUGUCGAACAGCCAUAAUUCUCAUAAACUUUUUUACCUCGCUAAGUUCAAAAUGGCGAAAACAGCGUAGACAGAACGAAUGGAUGGAAUUCGCAAAUGAGGGACAUUUCUAUUUUAGACCCGAUCCUGAUUCUAAGAAUGAAUAUUUCGUCGUCCGUGACAGGAACAUUUUUACGGUAGUUGUGGGGCAUCGUGAGAAAGUGGGUGGUCUGAGUUUGUUCAUGGAUUUGGAAAGGUUUAGUAAAGAAGUUUACAACUUGGGGAUAGCCUACAUUUCUCGGGAGGGCAGCUUGGAACAUUUCUGUGUUAAGGGACAAGACGGAGAAGACAUUCACGAGGGAAAUUUGAAUUGUGUGGAUAAAAUGGGCAAUCUUAUCACGACGUUUAUCAAUUUAUCGGCGCCGCCAAAAUAUUGGUAUUUCAUAGUGGAAGAUUUUGAUUUACAGAAAGCAAAUUUUACAAUGGACAUAAAGUUAGUUAAUGAUAUCAAUGUUUUAAAUCCGUUUAACCGUUCCCUCCCUUACACGGUUGAACAUUUGGCACAGGCCGUGUUCCGCAAAGCUAAUGCGACUCUUGUCGGUUUACAAAUUACCAAGCGGGCACGUAUCGGAUUAUACGAUAUUAAAGAGUACCACUGGGACUAUACCACGGUCAACUUAAGAUUCGCGGGGUUUGAGUUCUUAACCUGUUAUGCAGAAUCAUAUUUAAGUUUUCGCUUCUACGUGGAUCCUUUCCAGCCCGAUUUAUGGGUGGGGCUAGGAAUUUGCCUUUUCCUCAUUAUAGCCAUUGUUUGGAUGUACGUUCACUUCGCGGAGGUGGGAAACGUCUCGUUUUCCCCCUGGCUUUUCGUCCUUUCCACGCUUUUAGAAGAAGCACACCACGUUCCGAGCAAGAUUAAUAAAUUGAUCAUAUUCCGCUACAUUUUUGGUCUUUGGAGCCUAAUGUCAGUCAUCUUAACGAAUUGCUAUAAUGGAUUAAUGAUCUCCAAUCUGAAUUCACCACUAAAUUCAGUAAUUCCAGAAACAUUUGCAGAUCUUUUAUGCGAUGGUGGUACGAUACAUUCGUCGUCUUAUUACAAUUCGACAGAUUUCUUGGUCAAUUUGAGAGAAAAAUUAAAAAUCGACCUUAUUUCAACAUAUUAUCAAGGUAUUCUCAAUUAUGGUAAUGUUUACAACACAAGUUUUGUCGAUUUGCAAAAUCAACACGAUUCUACCAAUUGUUAUAAAUUGUUGUCAUCCCCAGUUAAAUUUCCGGGGGAGCAAGUCAUCGACUUUAUGUUUCUACGUUAUCUAACUGAUUUGUUUGAUCACCUUCUACACGAGCACUUGAACUCGAAAGGUCCCGAAUCGGUUCCAUUGCUUGAGUGGCCCCAUCUGGCGUUAAUGCUCCAACUGUUGAAUCCACGUCACGCCCACUUCCCAAAAGAAAUUGACUACUCAACAAAAAAUCUUACGAAUGGAGCUAUUACGGGACGGAAUUUCACAAAGGAGAAGAGAUACUAAAUCCACUCCCGGAAGGAAUAGUAUUCGAGAGCGAGGGUUUAUCCAAAGUUCCAAAAUAUUAUAAGG